AUGGCUUGUCCGCCGCAGUAUCGGGAGCCGCCUCCUCCCACGCUUCCGAGUAUUGUACCUCCCACCGCCGGACGCUAUCCAGCUCAUCACGGCAUGCCUUUUGGCAGGAGCCCCGCCAUCUCCAUCCCGGGCCUCGAGAGCCGAGACGACGCUCCUCCGCCUCUGCCGCCGCCCCGGGUCCUACCCUUUGCCGAUCUUCCCCGUCACGCCGACGAUGCAAAGGGAGACCACCGGGAGUGCGUGCACCGGUCUUCUUCUUCGUUCGCCAGCGGCUACGGGAGCAUGGCUUCAUCUCACGGCGAGGAGCGCCACGACUUCCGUCGGAGGCAUGUCGGCGCCGCCGCGACCAACGCCGAUGAAGGGUACUCCAGCUACGCAUCCACGGCGAGAUCGCGCGACUCUCUGCCGACCGAGUUUGGCUUGCACCAUGGCACCUUUCACUUCCAAACCCCCGCCGACAUCCAUGCGGACAGCAUCCUGAAGAAGUUGGACCCCAUCCGAAACACGGACAGGUCACCUCCUCGCUCGCUUCUGACCUCGUCCGUCGGGGAUGUCGCCCGGCGGCCCGGCGAUGCACGAGCGCGCCCCACGCUGAGCAUGCCCGUCCAGCUCCCCAUCCACACUCGUCAGCUGAUGCUCGAGUCUCCCGGCCGCUUUUCCGACGCCGUCAUCUUCUCCGCUUCCUCGCCCCGGCCAUCCCUCUUCCACCACAGUCCCGUGGAUCGGCGUCCGCAUCACGAGCCGCUCGAUCCGGAUCGCUCGCCGAGGGCAAGGUCGACAAGGAACAACAGCGACGACGCCACGUCGACGCAAUGCAGCUACGAGUUCAUCGGCGCCGAGGACAUGGAGAUGGAUGACGCCGCCUCCGUCAAGAGGGCCCACGAAGACGAUGCCUACGCGGCCGCCGGCCAGAAACGCCGAGCCGCGAGCCCGCCCGCGGAACAUGUCAUGCUUCAUUGCCUCUCGGCCCAGGGCGAGGCCCUUCGUCGAAGGGAUCUUAAUUCGCGUGGCUCCCCGACGCCUCGACUUUCCGUCGUCCCGCCCGCCUCGUCCGCCUCGUCCAUGUCGCCCGCUGCCGUCUCGCGCUCCAACUCGUACAUAUCAACGGCCCCCACGAGUCUCGCCUCGGCCAACUCGUACGGUCGCCGCUCCCCCGGCGGCGUCUCCCCCGGCGGCGUCUCCCCGACCUCGUGCGGCUCGCCCUACAUGACGCCGACGUCCUUGACGCAAAGCCCGAGGGGCUCGGUUUCGGGCAGGCCAUCGGCGCACGCGAGGACGACUUCGGGGGCGAGCCCGAGGAGGUUGGGCGAGCAGCCCAAGUCCGGUGGCGGCAGCGGCAAGAUGCAUGGGUUUUUCAUGUGCGAAUGCUGCCCGAAAAAGCCCAAGAAGUUUGACACGGCCGAGGAUCUGAGCGCUCAUGAGGCGGAGAAGCAGUACGAGUGCUCCUUUUGCGGCAACCGCUUCAAGAACAAGAACGAGGCCGAGCGCCACCAAAACUCGCUGCACGUCCGUCGUCACUCCUGGUCAUGCUCGGCCCUGUCCGGGUACGAAGGCGCCUUUCACGAGUCAGCAACCCAUCCCGGGGAGGCGGACGCGUGCGGCUACUGCGGCGAUGAGUUUUCCAGGUCGGCACGUCCGGCCGCCGGCGGGAUCCUCGGCGGCGGCGGCGUCCCGCCGCGCCGAGCGACGGAGCAGGACUGGGAGGAGCGCAUACAGCAUCUGCAGGAGGUGCACAAGUUUAGGGAGUGCAACUCGGCCAAGAAGUUUUAUCGCGCCGACCACUUCCGGCAGCAUCUGAAGCACAGUCACGCCGGCACCAGCGGCAAGUGGACGAACGUGCUGGAGAACGCAUGCAUGGUGGAGGAGGACGCCGCACCUAAAUGA